AUGAAGGAGAAGGAAGACGUGAAAGAUUCAAACGGAUCCAGUUCCCAGAAUGUUCUUGAUUUCGUGAACCUUUCCAAAGAUCAUUCGGGUCGUGGGUCAAAGGUGCAAGAACUUGAUUUUUUCAACCCGGGGAAAAACGUGGUGGGUGCAUCGUCAUCUGGCUGGGCUAAUAACAAUGACAACAAUGAAGGUAGAGAUGAAAACACUGAGGAAAAAACCCUGGAGUCGAAGAUUUUUUCUUGCAAUUUUUGCAAGAAACAAUUUUCUUCGUCACAAGCCCUAGGAGGGCAUCAAAAUGCCCAUAGGCCUGAGCGUGCAUUUGCAAAGCGUAGACAAGAGCUUCACCUUUCUGGUGCUUUUUCUCGCUCUAAUUUUCCUUAUUACAGUUAUCCUAGCCUUUCAACAUCACCUUAUUAUGGAUCGUAUAACAACAUACUUGGUAUUAGGAGGGAUUCCAUGAUUCACAAGCCAACCUAUUCUCACACCCCACCAAGUUUCAAUUUUGCUCAAGGUCCUACUUUGUCAGACAUGUUAAACAUUUCUUCAAUUAAUCGAGAGAGGAGGGAUGGUUUGAAUCCAAAUACUGGAAUUGGGAUUCUAGGAAAUGGUGGUGCAAUCGCAACACCUGUGAAGAUAGAAGAUUAUGGUAGAGCACUUGCAACCACUCACCAAUUUGGAGAUUCUUCUGCAAAUGCGGCUACAAGGCCAAACACAACCCUGGAGAAGCCAACAAACCUUGGAAAGUCAGCUCUAGCUACCAAUAUUGAAGAACCUUCUGGGCUUGAUUUGUCACUAAAACUUUAUGGUAGAGCACUUGCAACCACUCACCAAUUUGGAGAUUCUUCUGCAAAUGCGGCUACAAGGCCAAACACAACCCUGGAGAAGCCAACAAACCUUGGAAAGUCAGCUCUAGCUACCAAUAUUGAAGAACCUUCUGAUUCUAACGACCCUUCUGGGCUUGAUUUGUCACUAAAACUUUAG